GGUUUAUGCCGUGAGUUUCACACUUGUGAAUGAAUUAGAGCUGAGGAAAAAGCCAUGCUUUGACACUCCUGAAAACUUUCACAGCUCAAUUACCACAACUGGUUUGCCUUUUGGAUUGGUGGUGAUACCCUCCAACCUUUAUAGCUGGAGUGAGUUACUCCAGCAACUCAAAAAGGACAGAUGCUGCAGCCCUUCCUUGCUGAGGAGUCAGACCUUCUGCACAUCCACAGUACAAACUGCUGGAGUGAGCCGUGCACAGCAACAACUUGAGCCGGACUUUAGCCCAGGGUUGUGUAAGGACUCACAUCACAGGAAAAUCCCUCGGCCCAGAGAAGGCAGCGGGCAAACUCUGCCUCUUCCCCUGUGCAUCUGUGGGCAAUGUGAGAACACGCUGGUAACCGCAAGUGGUUUGAGCUGGGAGCCUCGUUCCCGUGCCGUGGAGCAGGUCCAUCUGCGCUGCACCGAGGGCUCCCUGGAGUGGAUGUACCCAGCACGAGCCCUGCGAGUGGUCCUGGAGCCCAACCUGUCCAGUGCCCAGCACACCACCGUCUGCAUCAAGCCCGCCAGCGACUUCCAGGGUGCCAACAUCUACGUGGAGCGCGCUGGGCAGCUGCACCUGGUGCUGAGCGAGGCCGAAGGGGCUAGGCCCCACCACGUGUCCUGCUUCAGCGCCCACGGGCCGCAGCGAGUGGCCCUGUUCCUGCAGGCCAGCCCGCAGAGGGACAUCAGCCGCCGCACCGCCAGCUUCCAGUACGAGCUGCUGAGCAACCAGAACACGGCCAGCCCCGACUUCAAAAAGAUGGCCCUGGUGGAAGCUAUGUGCCGUCCUUGUGACAACGUGGAACUUCUUAUGGCCAUUUGUAGCAGUGAUUUCGUGGUGAAAGGAUCCAUCCGGAACGUUUCCCACGACUCGGAGAACCACAUGUCCCAGGUGGAUGUCAGAGUCCAGAGAGUCUACAGGCAGAAGAACAGGAUUUUCCAGCAGGAUGAAGGGAGUGGGGAGUGGAGAGGCCCCAUCCGAACCCUGCUGCAGUGCAAGGUGAAGAAGGGAGGGGGAGAUUUCCUCUUCACUGGGAGCGAACACUUUGGUGAAGCCUGGCUGGGCUGCGCCCCUCGCUUCAAGGAUUUCAUGUUUGUUUAUCGAGCUGCCAGAGAAAGAGGAGCCAACCCCUGCGAGUUUGAGCUCAACUGACAAGAGAGGUGCUGUUGAGAGUCGAACAAUUUCAGCCCAGUUUUCGGAUUCUGAAUCUGGAGCAGAGUUAAAACCAAGGACUAAAGCUGGCAAUGGCACCCAAACUGGGAGCUGGAGAAUUCCCUGAGGAUAAUGGCUCCGUGAGCCUGGUGAACUCUUCUAACCCACAUUAGUUUCUCCUUCUUCACAUUGUCAUUGUCUAGCAAAAUAACUCUGAAGUUUGAAAAGAUUGUCCUUUUUUGGGGGGGAUUAGAAAGCAGCUUGUGCUGAGGAUUACAAAAUUCGAACAUGUUUUCUUCUGUCUACAUGCUAUGUGCUUUUUCUCCAGAUAUUUUUCUCCUCCCCAUCUCUACUUGUUUGUGUUUUUUUUCCUUUAGAGAUGAAUGUGGAAACUCUCUCUAAGCUGGGGGUGGGGGGAGGAAACUACCCCUGAGGCAAAAAAAAAACCCAAAUCCCCAAGAACUACUUCUUUUUUAAAAUUGAACACAGGCGCUGUAAGAAAUACAUUUUCUUUUCUUACAUUGAAAAACAUUAAGGAGUUUAAAAUAAGCACGGACAAAAUACAACUAACUUGAUUCCUGAAAGUUCUGUUGAACUCAUUUAGGAUCAACAAUUGCUCAUGAUGGUAUUUUUCACCUAAAUUAUCUGCCUCUUUUCAAUUAGCUUUCAUUAUUUGAAAGGUGGCUCCUCCCACCCUCCCUCAGUGCUUUGGCCAGACUCCCAUAAUUGCCUGUAUUUUAUGUAAAUGGAAUUGCUACACCGUAAAAUGAUAUACAAAUGUGUCUACCACACAGAGCCCAAUAAAUGGUGUGAAUAAACCCAUUAUUUCCCAUGUAACAGCAUCUGAUUGCAGCCUGGGAAACACAGGGCUGACAGACGUGAGCCCCUGACAAGGCCUGCAAAAAAAAAAAACUGAAUGAGGAGCUCUCUGACAGGCCACAAUUAAUUGACUUUUGAAAUGACUCCUUUUUUUCUCCACAGUUCUACUUGGCUGAGCAAGAUUCACAAAUUGCUGUCUUGAACUUUUUAAUGGGACAAAAUAGCUGCCAAUGAAAGUCUAAAUGACAUGAACUUUGAAUGGGAGUCGCACAAUGGCCACACCGUGACACGUUUUUAACUGACAUAUUGAUUAUUUGAGAAGUAGCAGCCACUUAAUUGGGAGGGAAUGGGGAAGGGGUGAAGAAAUGGGAGGCAGUCAGAGAACUGGGUAUAGAAAUACAGUGUGUUGAACACUAGCCAAAUAUUGUGGUUUUUUUUAAAUAGGGAGCAUCCUGAUAAAAACAUUCACGUGUGUUCCCUGAGAGUACAAUUUGGAGUCCAAGCCAGUUGUUCCUUUUGCUGUGAAAAAGUAAUCACAAAGCUAAAUCCAAAGGAAAUGUCAUUAUCAAGGAAGAAAACAAACUGUAUGAGCAAUGACCCUGCUGACUUCCUGGGGAUCUUGGUACUUGCUCAAGACCCAGGCUGUAGUUACAGUCAAGUUUAUAUGGGCUUAAAAUAUCUAUUUGUCUGGCUUUGGAAACUGAAACCAAGCUCUGACAGACCUGAUUGACCUCCUAAUCCCAGGGCCAUCAUGGUUAGUGAUAAUGAGGAUUUUUCCUCCCCUAGUUUUUGCUGGUUUGUUGUUUUGUGUUAUCCUGAUCAAGCAGGCCUGUUUGAGUCUCUGGGAACUCUUCAGAGAGUUUCUUCUCCAAAACCUUCAUCAGCCCAACUGACUCGGAGAACUUUAAGUGGAAAAGGAAAUGCUAAACUUGUUUCAUGGGUGCCUUUGUUUGGGCUGAUUUUUAAACAUAUUGAGCCACCAGAGCAGCUCCCUGUUGAGCUGUUUUCCACUGGCCAUGUAGGGAGGCAGCAGCCUGCAACCCACACUCCCUUUAGUUUGAUUUCACUGGGUAACAUUAGGAAU